AUGGCCAACAAAGGAGAGAAAUCCAAGCUAGAUAAUAUCAGGCUUUCUUGCUCUUUUCACAUUCUCCUUCUCCCUCGUGCUUGCAUCAUGAAGAUCAUUGCAGAACUAUUAUUAUUUGUUGUAGUUCCUUUUCUUCUGAACAGUGGAAAUGGAAUUGAAACAUCCACCACACAUAGCAUCAAUUAUAGAGCACCUGCAAAGCAACCUUAUAGAACUUCUUUUCACUUUCAGCCCCAAGAGAAUUGGAUGAACGGUAUUGUUAUCCCCUCAAAGUUUUAUCCAAAUGGGCCUAUGUACUACAAAGGUGUUUACCACCUUUUCUACCAGCAUAACCCUGAAGCAGCAACCUUCGGUGAUAGGAUUGUAUGGGGUCAUUCAGUAUCCUAUGAUCUCAUCAAUUGGAUUCAUCUGAAUAAUGCUAUUGAACCAAGUGGGCCAUAUGAUAUUAAUAGCUGCUGGUCAGGCUCAGCCACUAUAAUCCCAGGGAAGGAACAACCUAUGAUCUUGUACACAGGAAUUGAUGAUAAGAAACAUCAAGUUCAGAACUUAGCUAUACCACGGAAUCUAUCUGACCCCUUCUUAAGGGAAUGGGUGAAACACUCUCAGAAUCCUGUCAUGACUCCACCAAGUGGUGUUGAAGUUGAUAAUUUCAGAGACCCUUCAACUGCUUGGCAGGGAAGGGAUGGGAAAUGGAGGGUAGUCAUUGGUGCUCAAAAUGGUGAUGAAGGGAAGACAAUUCUCUACAAAAGUGAGGAUUUUGUUAAUUGGACAGUGGAUCCUAAUCCCUUUUAUGCAUCACAUAAUACAGGAGUUUGUGAGUGUCCAGACUUCUUUCCUGUGUACAUCAAUGGCAGUAAAAAUGGGGUGGAUACAUCUGUGCAAAAUCCAAGUGUUAGACAUGUCUUGAAGAUAAGCUACCUACGAAAGCUGCAUGAUUACUAUUUUCUUGGUAAAUAUAUUUCUGAUCAGGAAAACUUUAUUCCUGAUGUUAGGUUUACAGGAAAUAGUUCAGACUUGAGGUUUGACUAUGGUAAAUUCUAUGCUUCCAAGUCAUUUUUUGACUAUACCAAAAACAGGAGGAUAUUGUGGGGAUGGGUGAACGAGUCUGACUCCGCACAAGAUGACAUUGAGAAAGGAUGGGCUGGUCUACAGUCAAUUCCAAGGCAAGUUUGGCUUGAUAAAAGUGGGAAGCAAUUGGUUCAGUGGCCACUUGAAGAGGUAGAACAACUACGUAGUAAGCACAUAAGAAUAACGGGGAAGAACCUCGUCCAUGGAUCAAAUCUUGAAGUCUCGGGUAUCACUGCAUCACAGGCCGAUGUUGAAGUGUUGUUUGAGCUACCUGAACUGGAAAAGGCUGAGUUUCUUGAUCCAAAUGGAGUUGAUCCCCAACUACUUUGUAGCCAAGAACAUGCUUCAAGAAGUGGCACAGUAGGGCCAUUUGGUUUGUUAGCUUUGGCUUCAAAGGAUCUCAAUGAGCACACUGCAGUCUUCUUCAGAAUAUAUAGAGCACCCAAUAGAUAUGUAUGCCUCAUGUGCAGUGACCAAAGCAG